AGAACUUAGCGAUCCAUCCAGUGGUAGCAUCAUCUUUGACCCAUGUCCUCUCUGCCAACCAGGACAUUGGCCUGUCUGUCCACAAGAAAGAGGGAAAGUCUUCCAAUGAAAUUCCAUGUGAAUCUCCCCAGAACAAACACUGGAAUUGAGGCUGGUGUGGGGAGGGUCCUUCAGGAUUUCCCAAGGAUAUAUUCCAAGCCAUACAGUCAGGAGGGCCCUGCAGCUGGGCACACAGUGCUGACAGGGCCGCCCAGGCCCCACCACUAGGGGUCCGCAGCGUGCCACAUCCUGGGCCACCCACAGCUCCCUGCCUGUGCCUCCAAGACUGUCCCCUAGACAGGCGACCUCUGGUCAUCAGUGGUGAGCGGUGAGCUGGAGGGGGCUCGGGGCCUUUCAGGGAUGAGGACACCUCACAGAGCUACAGAACCAAGCCACCGCUGGGAGCAACAAGGAGGUGGGCCCAGCCAGGAAUGAGAGAGAAAGAAAAAGAAAGAGAAAAAAAAGCUCUGGUCUGCUUACUAGCAUGUACCAGCAACUUCAUCCAGGGAUGCAAAUACGACAUCACCUUACAAGAGAUCAUCAAAACGCUGAACAACCUCACAGAUGGAAAGGGCAAGAAUUCGUGCAUGGAGCUGACUGUAGCGGAUGCCUUUGCUGGCCCGAAGAACACAGAUGGAAAGGAAAUCUGCAGGGCUGCAAAGGUGCUUCAACAGCUCUAUAAAAGACAUGACAGGUCCUUGAUCAAAGAAUGCCUGAGCGGACUGGACAGGAACCUCAAGGGCAUGGCAAACAGGACAGGUCAUUCUGGGCUCUGGAUGGAAACACCCAACAAUAGGCCCUUGAGUUUACCAAGAGAGAGAGAGAACAUGAAUGGAAGAAGACACAUUUAAAAAGAAUGAGCAAAGAAACUUCGGGAUUAAGUGAAAGUUGAGAUGCUUGUGAUGUAUGCACAUUUGUUUAGGACACAGCCACAGUCUAUGCCUGCUUCGUGGGACAUAUCUCUUGUCUGUGCAUGGAAUGUGUG